AUGGUUUUUCGAGUGGUUGAAGCGUACGUCGCGAAUAGAGGAGCAUACGCGGGUGGAAAGGGCAGGGCAAGGGUUAAGGCGGAGGCUGCUGGUGGUCCCCUAGCAAUGUGCGCAGUACUCAACUUGUUUGCUUUGCAAUCUGCCUCUACCAGCCCCGUCUGGGGCGACACGGGGCAAGCCGCCACCGGUUCGAGCCGCACUUACAUGGAGCUAGGAGCGGCAAGUUGGCUAGGUAUUCAGACAAUGAUUCGGGACACGGUGGCCAAGGUUGACAUAAGCGUAUGCGAAUUCGUUCAGAUAGUUCGAGGAUUGAACAAGAUGGAAGAUGGAGGGACGACCAUUUUGCAGCAAAGCGGAAACAUGGGCGCAAGGAGCACAUCGAGAUCGACGUCCAGUGUGAGUGUGAAGGAAUUGGAGAAGCUAUGA